CACCCGAUAAUACACCAUCAAACAAGAGGUAAGUACAUUCGACAGAGCAAUCGAUACAGCGACAGCAGACGGGAAGACUUUAUUGUGGAGACGGAAGGAUGGCAAAGAUUGGGUUGAGUGGAGUGCGACUUUUGAUGGGAUACAUGAGGUAGAGACAGAAUUUUGGAAAAGGACGACAUCGAUCCGCCUACCCUCAACAUUUUCGACAAUCUCACCAUCUGCUGUCGCCAAAGAGCUUGACUAAUCGACCAAUCCAGUCUUCAGCAUACUGAUUCACACUCCCCCAACACUACAGGUCCAAGAUGAAGGUCGAAACUUGUGCCUUCUCUCAACGUAAGAUCUACCCAAGCAAGGGUAAAUUGUUCGUCCGUGGUGACAGCAAGGUCUUCCGCUUCGUGUCCAGCAAGAACGAAUCUCUCUUCUUGCAACGCAAGAACCCACGUAAGAUCGCAUGGACAAUCGUCUACCGUCGUAUGCACAAAAAGGGUAUCACUGAAGAGAUUGCCAAGAAGCGUUCCCGCAAGACUGUCAAACAUCAACGUGGAAUCGUUGGUGCAAGCUUAGACGCCAUUGCCGCCAAACGUAACCAAAAGCCAGAAGUUCGUGCUGCUGCUCAAGCUGAUGCUUUGGCCAAAUCUAAAGAGGCAAAGAAGAAACGUCAAGAAGAACGCAAGGCAAACAAGGGUAACACAGCCGCUACCGCACCGAAGGUUUCCAAACAACAAAUGAAGGGUGGUGCCGGUGGUAAGGUCCGGGUUUAAGAUGUGAUCAGCACACAAAAAUCUCGCCUUCCCCAAACCCUUUUUUUUUGUUUUCUGUACGACGCAUCUCACUCUGUAUGAUUGCCACACAUAUGAUUCUAUGAUCAUUUCAAAAUGCGGAGAGAGAGAGAGAGACUCAAAAAAGCUUAGAUUUACUGACAGUUGAUACGAAUUAAUGCAUUUCGACAAAGAAACACCAUCUCUUUAUACAAUACAAAGUUACCCUUUCUACACAUUCUCACUAGGAUAGCCUCCUGGUGGUUCAUCAAAAUCUCCAUCUACACUCAAGCUGCUUGCUGGACUUGUUGUUCCUGCGGUGGCCGCUGUACUUGCCGGUC